AAAAAAAGGGGAAAAAUGAGGGGGAAGGAGGAAAGGUUCCUGACUUCCUUCCAAGUUCGGAGCCCUAGCGUGCGAUAACGCGCACCCACCCUUGCGGCCUCAGCCUCAGCCUCAGCCUCUCAUUCUUCGUUCAACUUCGAGCUUGGCUUCCGUCGAAACCUUUUCUCUCGAAGGCAAACAAAUCCACGGGGAAGAGGGAACUCUUGAAGGUUCUUCCUGCUUCUAGGCGCAACUAUCCUUGAUUCUGCCCCUGCAUCAGAAUGUGCCCAAAAAGAAGCAAGGAAGUUAACUCUAUCCACAGCAGAGAAGGAGAAGUUAUCGGAUCUUUGAAUAUCCUCACGUUCCUCUAAAGCCAGAGUGUCCAAAAGAUUGCAUAUAUUGCAUAAAUCCACUUCCUCUUUUCGGGGCCCUUCUAGUUUUAUUGAAACCCGAAUAUCUCACUAGUAAGAACUCUUGCCCAUUUUGUGGAGUCACCCAUGCCUAACAAAAUUGGAUAAAAGAGCAUCCAAGCUGUCUCACCACCACCAAUGAAGAAAAAGGUCUGCAACUAAUGGUACGACCAAAGCAAAGACAAUUGCUGGCAGUACCUGUGAAGAAAAAUAAUUCUCCCAGUGGCUUCAUUGAUUCUUCUAGCUCCAAAGCUGAGGUGGACAUACCUGAAGAGGACGGUUGGGUGAUUGUUAAGAAGCAGAAAGUUAACAUUCUCAUUCCACCUCUGCUUGGUGCAAAGCAGUCCAACAUGCCAGGCUCGCAGCCAAGUCAGCUACAACUCAUGCCUGGAAAGUCAGUCAACAACCCGUCACAAUUUCUAUCUGAGACAUGUCCCCAGAUUCAUUCAGUUGAUGAUUGUGACAACUCCGUGUCAGUGGCUCAUAUAAAGGAUAUUCAAGUUUCUAGAAAAGAUCCACCUGUUCAAGCCACUUCAAUGUUAGCAAAGUCAUUGAGGCCAGAUUUAAGAGUGGAGUCUGAAAAUCCGUGUCAAGUUGUUACUUUGAAAUCUCAUAAAAUGCUUGGGACUUCCGGUCGCUCAAAAGUCAUCAAGCACCCGAGAUACUUACAUGGGCCUAUCAGGUUCCUUGAUGGCAAUGCCUCACUAAAUCAAAGGAUGAGGGCAUCAAAUCUCGAGAGGAAGCUUCAAAGAGCUGGUGGGUUGAGCCAGUGGCUAGCAUCACUAGGAUUAGGGCAGUUUGUGAGGAUUUUUCAUGGGAAAAGUGUUGAUAAAUUUCAGUUGGUAAAUCUGACCAUGAAGAAACUGAAGGAUAUGGGUGCAGAUGCAGUAGGACCCCGGAGAAAGUUGAUGCAUGCUAUUGAUUGCCUUUGCCAACCAUACUGUUUCGAGAACUUCUGAAUGUUGCUGUGAUUUAGGACAAGUUGGCAAAAAGGAGCUUUGAAUUGAUCCAGCAGUGGUUUUAACUCUACUUUCAGUUGAAGUUUGGAUUGGUCAUCAAUCCAGUUUGUAAAUGAGGUGAUCUUUGCUAGAACAAUGUAAAUUUGAGUUAUGUAAAAAGCGCAAUAUGAUGCUUAUGGUUUAAGCAGUUGGAUGCACUUGCACUUCCAAUGACAGAUUUGACUCUGAAUUAAGUUGCUUAUGUUUCUUCUCGGUCAUGAAGACCAAUAAUAUGUGGCCUGUGAUGUAGCCAAA